AUGGAACAGCCACCAGAGCAGCUCCCGCCUCCCGACAAUGACACCCUCGAGGGGGAGGUAUCCCAUCAGCCAACGCCAAAUGCAUCACAGCCGCCCCCCACGCCGGGAGCACGCGCCACACGCUUCACAGAUCUGUACGCCCAGGCACUCAACCACACCCUCUCUAAGAUUUCCUACGACAAUUUCCGCAGCUGCUAUCCCACCAUCCCCGAGUCGAUACUGCGCCAGGUGCAGGCGCAAAUGGUCGGCAAGCUGGGUGACAAAUGCCGGAAGGAAUUCGACAGCAUCAUGGAGAACAGAAACGUCGUGGCACGGCUGAACGAGUUGGAGGCGUUGGUGGGUGACGCGACGGAGAGAAAGGAACAAGGCGAGGAGGCUGGUGUACAACCGCAUCUACUACCGCCAGAGAGGAUACUGCAGGCCCACCUCACACCGGCACUGCAGGCGCAUCAGUCGCAGCUCAACGCGCGGCUGCAGACCACGCAGUUGCAAAACGCACAGCUCCAUGCCGAGGUGCUAGAUCAGCACGCCGAAAUUGAGGACCUGUUGACGAAGCUGGAAACCGUGACGGGGGACGUCAAGGGCGCCAACGCCGCGCUGGCGGAGGUUGUGGAGGCCUUGUCCCAGGAGGCGCGUGAGGGUCGAGCUCUCGUAGACGGGACAAGUGUGUGA